CGAGGCCCACGCGUCAGUCCGGCUCCCACCUAUCCCUCUCCCUCCCCGCCCGCUGGAGCCGUAGGAGUAAUCCGCUCGCCGCCGCUUCGGUUACCCGUUCGAGGUUGAUGCGCUGCAAAGUUUCCGGUUGUGGGCUGGCUGGCUGGACUCGACUCACGUAAACUUCGCCGCCCCGCUCCGGCCACCGGCCUUUCCAUCUUUUGCCGCUGCUCUCUCUCCCUUCCCUUACCUGCCCCGCAACCGCAGGUUUCUCCUUCUGUUGCUGGUCUAUCCCCAAAAGCUCAUUUUCUCUCGACUCAACUCAGGUCUCGGAGCCCUGGAAGCUCUGUGCGCCGUGCUCUCGGGCAUAGUGGGCCAAGUACUGCCCUCUUCUUGUAAGAUUCUUCAUCUUACUGGCGUUCGGUUGCGUUGACGCGCUAGCUUCUUCUUCUCCCUUGCGUUCGUUCGUGUCCGCAGAGAUGGGGCGUGCCAUGAGGUGGCUCAAGAGGCUGCUCACAGGCAGGAAGGAGGCGCAUGGAGGCGGCAAGGACAUCCAUGCCGCGCCCGACUGGCAUGACACUGCGGCGGUCAAGGAGUCCACCAAGAGAUGGAGCUUCGUGAAGCAGAGGAAGAGCGGGGUUGACGCCGGGAAGCGGCCUUCCGAGGCUAUCGCCGCCGCGCUGGAGCCGUCGCGGGUGAAGCCAUGCCGCUGUGCUGGCGGCGAGCAGGUGGGAGCGCGCGAGGAGACCGCGGCCGUCCUGAUUCAGAAAGCUUUCAGAGGCUACCUGGCUAGGAAGGCGCUUCGCGCUCUGAGAUCACUCGUCAAGCUGCAGGCCCUGGUCCGAGGCUACCUCGUGAGGAAGCAGGCGGCCACGACCCUGCACAGGUUGCAGGCGCUCAUGCGGCUGCAGGCCGAUUCCCGCGCCUUCAAGAGCGCCUCCUACCGGAAAUCCAUGGAACAGGAGAGGAUCAUCGCGCAGGAUGCCAGGAUGAGGACGCCGCCGGCGAAGCCGGGGCACCGGCGGAGGCUGUCCGACAGCACGGACUCCAACUACGAGCGCAGUCCGCGGAUCGUGGAGAUGGACACGUGCCACCUCCGCUCCCGUUCCAGCCGUAUCGUGAGCGGCCGGUACGCCGCCGAUCGCUCGUCGGGCCGCCUCACGCCGGACCUGGCCCCGCCGAUCUCGCCGCGGUCCGUCAAGCAGCCCCCGCGAGUGUCCACCCGGCGUGAGCGCGAGCCCGUCAGGCACGCCAAGACGGCGCAGAACACGCCCCGCUUCAGCGGGCCCGACGCGCCGUACGCGUACGACUCGCCUGCCAAGAGCGUGGACGGGCUGGCGGCGCGGCCGCUCUGGCACCGGGACCUGCUUGCGAGCCCGCGCUACAUGGCGGGCACUGCCUCGUCGGCGGCGAGGCUGCGGUGCCAGAGCGCGCCCAGGCAGCCGGCCGAGGCGCCGAGGGCGAGCCUGACACAGCGGGAUGCUGUGCCGAGGAAGUCGACGUGCACGCGGACGCAGCAUGGCGGCCUCUGCUUCCACUCCUCGGACGCCACCCGCGCGCGCUGCUCCGACCUCAGCGACGACGCGGCCAGAGAUUAUUACUUGGACAGGAUGUGGUGAUCGUCUGAUCUAUCAAGGUGGAGACGGACCGGACCGGACGGUGGUGUAAGAUGGCAGUAGCUGCAAAUUGCUGGAUAGUCUCUGAAUUUUGUACAUGCUUAGUUGCUAAAUUUUCUUUCUUGAUUGAUGACAUCUACAGUAGCUGCUAAAGUGUUACUACAAGCUAAGACAUACAGUAUUUAAGUAGUGUGUGAGCCUGAAGGUGUACGACAUCAAUGGAGCACAGGCAAUAGAACAAGGUAAAUAAAAUGAAGCGCAGAAUUA